GCUCCUGCGGGGCCUGCUCGGCGCUCGGCCGGCCGCCCUCCGUAGGGCGUGCGUCGCGCUGGGAGACUCUAGGCGCUGCCAUCAUGUCGACGGCCAUGAACUUUGGGUCCAAGAGCUUCCAGCCGCGGCCCCCGGACAAGGGCAGCUUCCCGCUGGAUCACUUUGGUGAAUGUAAAAGCUUUAAGGAGAAGUUCAUGAAGUGUCUCCGUGACAAUAACUUUGAAAAUGCUUUGUGCAGAAAUGAAUCAAAAGAAUAUUUAGAAUGCAGGAUGGAGAGGCAAGUACAUGCGAGCAAUUACUGGCAGCUGAUGGCACAGGAGCCCCUGGAAAAACUGGGCUUUGGAGAUUUGAAGGACGGAAAGUCUGACCGAGACUGAACCUGGUGAAAGGCCGCACAGCUGUGGGGGGUCCGGACGACCCCGCCCCCGGCGGCUGGCGUGUUGGUACCACGGCUCGGGGUGGGGGGGCUCUGGGGGCGCCCGCCAGAUGCCGCUGGAAGUCAGAACGGACGCCCCUCCCCGAGGACGCAGCUCGUGGCCGGGCAGGGGCUGGUCUUCGACGCUCCCGAGGAUGUCGGAAACCCGUCGCCCCGCCACAGCCCUGCCGACCCCGCGGCGUUGGGUGCGUCUGAAGUCGCGGGUGUGACGGGCUCCCGCGGAGGUGGCUGCCAUGUGGCGUGCGCCCAGCGACUGGUCAGCUCGGGCUCCUGGGGACGCUGGUUCGCAUCGCGGUCUCGGCGCGUUUUGUGUGUGACGUGCGAAAGGGUCGCAGUGUCGUCGUUGGGCACAUGGGUCGUCGGGAAGUCGUCCCCCAGCACUCGGGUUCCUCUUCGUAUCUUGGACGCAGACACAAGUGCCCCUCACCUCCUUUUUUUAACAAGAACAGAGGACGAGCCCAGAAGUGGGAAAUGGGCUUUUGACGUAUCUGACGUCUCGAUUUUUUUUUUAUGGUGACGCCUGGCACCGAGUAUCUGUCUGAUCAAGGCUCGUUUUCUGGUUCAUAUCAGACCGUGUUUGUAAAACUAGAUGUUGGGUUGGUUCCAAGAACGCAUUUGCUGUCGCUGAGAGACAGAAUGUCUCCGUGGGUCAGUCGUUUUGCACAUGUGGCCUCCCAGGCCUUUGAGGACGCUCGUGAGCCCCCGGCCGGCGCUGCAGCAGCCCGUGCCCGCUGCCCGGAGCGCCGUCAGAACAGACGUCACAGGUGUGCAGACCUGCAGCGAGUGUCUGGGGUGACGCCGCGUGGGCUCAGAACCACAGCAGGGCGCCGUGCCCGAGGGUGAGGCCUGUUUGCCUGGACGAGGCCAGUGGGAGGUGGUGGUGGGAGGAUCCAGGUCGUCCCCGCUGGGACAGGGGCCGGCCUUGGCUGGUGGGGACAGCCAGCCCGAGCUCCGCUUCUGCCUGGUGACCAGGCUGGGCUCUGGGAAGCGCUGCUCCUUGGCUGCGUCCAGGCGCUGUCCGCGUCCUUCGGUGGAGGCCGUACGGGGUCACGCCCUCCCCGACAGUCCUGGUCCCAUUUCCGGGGGCGGAGGGGGCCCCUCACCUAGCACCGCUGCCCCGUUGGUGGUUCAGCGCCAAGCACUCCGUCUGUCACUCCUCAGCCGUGCUCUGCCUCACGCUUCCAAUUGUGCUGCACGUUUUUUCCGUAUUUUUAGUUAGUUUAUGAAAAGUCUUGGUUUUUGGUUAACUGAAUCACGAACAUAUUUUGUAUUUUCUUUUCAUUUUUUUUUAGGGCUGCACCCAUGGCAUCUGGAGGUUCCCAGGCUAGGGGUCCAGUGGGAGCUGUAGCUGCCGGCCUACACCACAGCCACAACAAUGCCAGAUCCUCAGCGCACUGAGCAAGGCCAGGGAUCGAACCUGCAACCUCAGGGUUACUAGUUGGAUUUGUCUCCGCUGUGCGACAGUGGGAACUCUGAAAAUAUAUUGUAUUUUCCGACAUGUUGCACACGCACAGCGUUCGUUGUUUGUAAUUACAAAGCAUCAACAGACCUAAACGCCCGCCCUCAUCCCCUGAGCUGCUUGGAGACGGCGCCCUGAGCAUCUGGAGUGGGCGCGUCAGGCCCAGAGAGCAUGGCAGUGGGGGUGGGGGCUGGACUAGGGAGACCCUUGCAUGCUGGAGCCAAAGAAACCGGGAGGGCAAAGCGGAUGCUAUGACGGUCAGCACAGGGCAGGGUGGGGACGGGGGUGUCACCUCUCUGUGCCUCUGGGUGCCGUCGACUCAUGAGCGGACCGGCUGUGGGACAGCAGCAGUGACAGCCCUGUUGCCCAGGCAGGCCCUGCCCACCUGGAGGGGCUGGCGAGAUGGGGCUCGCCCAGGUAACCUUGGAAAACGGUGCUGCGACAAAAGCUGGGCACCGAGAGACAAGACUUGAAGUGCGCUUGUUUUUCACGAGGGCAGCAGUUCUGAGGCCCGAGUUCCGGGCUGGGAGAAGCUGGAGCUGUGUUGUGGGUAACGACAGCGACUGUGUGGGGUCCCGGAUCCCUGACGUCUGCAAAGGCAGCGGCUGGAGAAGUGGGUGGCAGCUGUGUGUGUGUGUGUGUGUGUGUCUGUCUGUCUGUCUGGACGUCUCCCCGGCUGUGGGCACUGAGGGGCUAGAGGCAGCGACCCCAGCAGCACGGUGCACCCCGCGGCCGGCUCUAGGUCUGAGGCAGCCCUCUCGGGAGGAACCAGGACUCCUGGAAGAAAUGGCUGAGUCCAGGCCCAAGGCCCAGAAAGCCAGGGGAGCCUCUUACGCCGGAAAGGUAGGAAUUGCUGGAGUUCCCUCUGUGGCUCAGUGGUUGAUGAACCUGACUAGUAUCCAUGAGAACAUGGGUUCGAUCCCUGUCCUCGCUCCGUGGGUGAAGGAUCUGGCGUUGCCGUGAGCUGUGGUGAAGGUCGCAGACAAGGCUCGGAUCCUGCGUUGCUGUGGCUGUGGUGUAGGCCGGCAGCUGCAGCUCCAAUUCGACCCCUGGCCUGGGAACCUCCAUGUGCCGCAGGUGCUGCCCUAAAAGACAAAAGACCCCCCCACCAAAAAAAAUGGGAUAGGGGAAGGAAUGGCUGAAACAUGACGGGGCUUCUUGAAGAACAGGUCUCGGAGCUCCCAUUGGCACAGCAUAAGUGGCGGAAACGGGGUAUAGCCCACAAAAUAAGCUCCUGUCCAGGAGUCCGUGCUGAUGGAAGCGAGUAACUAAGCCUCGGUGCGGGAAGGGCAGCCCCUCUGGGUUCCCGCCAGCCUGGGGGCAGGAGACGCCACCUGCAAGCCCGGGAGUGUCGGUGGCCUGGGAUGGGGGCAUGUGCUGUGCAGCAGCUUCGCUGGUCUGGAGGCCGCCCUGCAGGCACCUGCUCAGCAGUGAGGGGUCGGCGUGGUCCCCACGGCCCUACCCCCGCCACCUGACGCCCCGAGAAGGUGCAGGGUCACUUCUGCGGUUUUCUUGGCAGGACGGCAUCACCUCAGUGUAGUGAGAACACGCAGGCCAGCCGGGCCCGAGGGACAAGCUGUGACGGGAAGACGGGUGCGCCUCAGAGGCGCCUGCCGGGGCCAGGGUCCUGGGAGGCCUGAGGACCCGCAGGCCAGGUGGCGCUCAGAGGCGGUCCUCUGGGGAAGGGUGCCCACACGCCGGCCUGUCUCUCUAACCUUUUGGAAAUCUGGAAUUAUUUCAAAAUAAAGAGUUAAAAAAAA